CUGUUAUAGUAAAAAACAAGCACAAUGGCUCCCAAACGUAAUAAUAUGAUCCCAAAUGGCCAUUUCCACAAGGAUUGGCAACGGUUCGUGAAGACUUGGUUUAACCAGCCUGCCCGUAAAAUUCGUAGAAGGAAUAAUCGUAUUAAGAAGGCUCGUGCUAUUGCCCCUAGGCCUGCUGCUGGACCUUUAAGGCCUGUUGUAAGAUGUCCAUCAAUCAGGUACCAUACUAAAGUACGCGCUGGACGUGGAUUUACCCUCCAAGAAUUAAAAGCAGCAGGUCUUAACCCCAGAUUUGCAAGGACUGUAGGUAUUGCUGUAGAUCACAGACGAAGAAACAAAUCAGUAGAAUCAAUCCAACUGAAUGCUCAACGUCUCAAAGAAUACAAAUCCAAACUAAUCCUCUUCCCUAUCCACAACAAGAAGAAGUUAAGAGCUGGUGAAGCAACAGAAGAAGAACGUAAAGUAGCUUCACAAUUACAGGGAGAAGUUCUCCCCAUUAAACAGGCAAGUAUCAGAACAAAGGCUAGAGUUCCAACUGAGGAAGAAAAGAAAUUCGAAGCAUAUAUAACAUUGAGGAAGGCCCGUGCUGAUGCAAGACUUGUAGGUAUCCGUGCUAAGAGAAUUAAGGAUGCUGCAGAAAAUCCAGAUGAUGUGACAAAAGCUGCUGCAGGCAAAGAAAAGAAAUCCAAAAAGUAAAUUUAUGUAUAAUUUUUAUAUAAGAUAAUAAAUGGAUUUGUUAUCAGCCAUAU